AAUUGUGGUCCACUAUCUUGAUCGGCCUGCCUCCAGUUCCUGUCCUCUUAAAUUUAUAAAGUCCAUCCCAGCUCAGUACAGUCCAUUCAUCAACAGGAGCCACAUGGACUAUGAUUUAAUUUCAGAUUGAAUUACAUACAGAUUUGUGACAGAAAAAUGAAUGGAGAAAAUCAGCUCACUUUUGCCUUAUGGAUGAUGACACUGCAUCUAAUAGCAGGUGCUGGUAAGUUCAGAGCUCAGCUAGAGCCUAAAGCGGUGGUGAAACACGUGAGCGAGAGUUUGGAGCUCGUGUGCACAGCGCUGGACUGUCCAAGUGAAGCCAAGUUCACGUGGAAGACUCUAGGGGACAUCACAAUUGGUGGAGCAAUGAAGAGCAACCAGAUGACCUCACGCAAGACGUAUAGCCACUUAACGAUAGAUGAUGAGAAAACAGUUGUAUGCCACGUGGAUUGUGGAGGAAUAAAAGAACAAAGGAAGACAAAAAUACAAGUCUACUCGUUUCCUAGCGACCCUGUGAUAUCCCGCAAGAACGACUUGACGCUCAUGUGCACGGUUCGCAGUGUGUACUCCUCAGAAAUGUUUGAGCUGCACUGGCUGCAUGGGGAUACUGUCCUUCCAGGGGGAGAAAGCACAUUUUACUUCAGUAAUGGAGUCCAAGACGUCUCCUCUGAGUACACACUGAGUGAGGAGUACUUGGGGAAGAACAUCACCUGUAGAGGCACACUGAGUCUGAGUGGGAUACCGGAGGGCCAAAACAUCCGUUCAGUCACAGCUCAGUAUGGUCCAGCAUUCAUCACCACCUCCGGUAACACUACUGUGAAGGUUGGAGAGCAUUUGGAGCUGAGAUGUGAUGCAGAUGGGAAAUCAAACAUUUUGUGGAGGAAGUUAGGAAAGAGUGAGGUGACCCUGUUAAGCAGAGACAAAGUGGCUGUGAUUGAAAAUGUCACCCGGUCCGAUGCGGGCGUGUAUGAGUGUGAGGCGAGCACUGAACUGGCCAGUCGGCGGUCCACAGUGGGUGUAACUGUUCAAGGUCUUCCAAACGUCCCCACGCUCAGACAUAGCCAUGCAGGCAACCCAAGAGCAGGAGACUAUGUUACCAUAACCUGUGAUGCAGACAGCGACCCUCCAGUACAGCUGACAAUAUCUGGAGCUUCACUGAAUCAGGUGGAGAAACAAAGUUCUUCUGUAUCCAUAAACAUUCCCUCAAUUCAGCUGAAGCAUUCUGGGCUUUACUUCUGUGAGGCAAAAAAUGAAUUUGGCAGCAUGAGAAGCAGCAUCAACAUCACAGUUCAAGCUUCUCCCAGGAAUUCCACAGUGCUGGUGUACCCAUCUGCUGAGGUGAUGGAAGCUCAGAACAUCACAGUCCACUGCAGCACUGUGAGUUUCCCUCCAGCCACCAUCAUUCUGACAAGAGAAGCUGAUGGCUUUGAGUUCCGAUCUCCAAACGGCACCUUCCACCUGUUCAACCUCAAAUCAGAGGACAAGGGAACCUACAGGGUCAACUUCACGAAUGAACUGGGUUACGAAGUCCAGACCUUUGAACUCAUUGUUAAAGAGCAACAGACUGUCACGCCCAUCCUGACAAAAACCCUUGUUCCUGCCGUGGGUUCCGUGUCCCUGCUGACCGCUGCAGCUUUGCUACUGCGAUACCUGAGGAGAACCAAAAAAAACUCCAGUGAUUUUAACCUGGGCGAAGCAUUAGACAUGUAA